AUGCCAGCAGAUCGCUCCAUCUGGCAAGAAUCAUGUCCAGUGAGUUUUUCGGCUUUAAAAAAAUGGAUUUUCCUUCCAAAUUCAACGAAAAUUAAAGAAAAACGAAGCUCAUUUCCAGUGCGCGGACCUCUAACCUUCGACGGCUGGUACCCACGUGAUCACAAGCCAAGCGCGCCGCCAACAAACGAGGAAGAGCGUCGCGCCGCCGCCGUCAAAUACGGCCUCAGACCAGAAGACUAUCAAUCAAUGGACAAAGACGACGUGAUCAAGUUCGCCGGAGACUAUCCAGACCUCGGUGUAAUCACCUACGACCACAAGGAUCCGUAUGAGGCGUGGACCGAUCGGCAGAAUCGCCGGAAUUGGGGAGAGCUCGUGCCGAUCGAUAUGAUGCGCUAUCGAGGCGAUCGUCUCACGUUUACAGGCCUCGAGGCGGAAGAUUACACCACCUGGAACUCGAUCGUUAUGUGCCUCCGCGUGCUCGUACCGAUGGCUCUCCUCGCCUGGUACUUUACCAACGAACAUCCGAACGCGCUCCGUUGGAAGAAUCCGGCAAUGCCGAAGCAGUAUUCAUACGAUUUCUACCGUGCCUACCCGUUCGACGAUCCACGCAAAUACCCAAUUGUCAACUAUUCGUUUGAUUUGGAAUAGAAAAUUCCUUAGUUUCGGUUGUUUUUUUUUUGGUAGUUUUCUCCGUUUUCUCCUUUUUUGUACUAUAAAAUAUUCGAAUUUUAUCAUUUUUUUU